GCACUACCUGCCCGUUCGGUAGCACGGCCCUGGCUCUACACAAGUAGCCUGCUGGCUGGACUACUACUGCCAAACGACCAAUGAGGAAGAAGCGGGGCGGAGAACAGUCGACGGUUGUACUACAGCAUAGUACUGCGAACAGCUGUGGAAGCGUCUUCUGCUUUGUUCACACGUUUCGCUGAUCUGGUCAAUGGAUUACACAGUUUCCCUACAAGUGCAACAUCAAUUGGCGGUGUUCCCGACACACUUGUACCAGGGUUACAGUUUGGAGUUACAGAUGAAGUCUACAGAAGUGGACCAAGGGCUUUUCACAGACACCUACUGUAAAGUGUGCAGCGCUCAGCUCAUCUCCGAGUCCCAGAGGGUUGCCCACUAUGAGAGUCGGAAACAUGCCAAUAAAGUACGGCUGUAUUACAUGCUACAUCCCGUGGAUGGAGGCUGCCCGGCAAAGAAACUCAGAACAGACAAUGGCAGUGAGGAGGGAGACGUGGACAAGAACAAGUGUUGCACACUGUGUAACAUGUCCUUCACCUCAGCAGUGGUGGCACAGUCACAUUACCAAGGCAAAAUCCACGCCAAGAGACUAAAGCUGCUGCUUGGGGAGCAGCCUGCCAUCACAGCAAAAGAGGCUCCGCCCAGUCCGGUGAAAAGCUCCCCGGAAACGACCCCAGUGACCUCUCCUCGGCAGCGCAGGGACUCGGACCGCUACUGCCAGCUAUGCAACGCCUGGUUCAACAAUCCGGGCAUGGCGCAGCAGCACUACGACGGCAAGAAGCACAAGAAAAACGCAGCUCGCGCCGACCUCCUGGAACAGCUGGGCAAGACCCUGGACAUGGGAGAGAUGAAAGGUCUGAAACGUAGCUAUACCUGUGAAGUCUGCAGUGUCACACUCAACUCUGUGGCACAGUACCAUGCACAUCUGCAGGGCUCAAAGCACCAAAACAACCUGAAGAAUCAGAUAUGUGUCCAGUGAAUCUUGAAGAACAAAACAAACCAUUUGAUUGAUGUCAGACAAGCUGUGUUCAGCUUGCCCCAAUUUUUCAGCCUCUGCCCUGCUUUCUCUCUCUACCACACAAACACACACACACACACACACACACACACACACACACACACACACACACACACACACACACACACACACACACACACACACACACACACACACACACACACACACACACACACACACACACACACACACACUCUAUCUCUGUCUCUGUCUCUCUCCAUUGCCCUGCUAGCAUACAAUAGGAGAACACAUUUUUUUUUAAAUGCUUCAGCUCCACAGCAUCUGUCUCACCUGUCAACUUAAGGCUUCUGCAGAACUCUUGUCAUUUUGGCCAUGUGAUAAUCAACAUUCCACAGAUUCUGCAUUUCACACCAACAGAUUCUCAGUACUUUUAAAGACAAUGGUCGACGAGAAUAAAAGUGGAUCCAGCGGAGGGACAGUCCCCUCAAUGCAUGAUGAAAUGAACGACCUGCAACUUCACGCUAACUAUGCUUUUGCUUUAGUUGUAAGUGGUUAGAGAGAGGAAGACUCUCAUUGGCAUUUUGGCUUGAGUAAUAAAGUGUUUUUUGUAAUUUAUUUACCUGAAAUAGAAUAUGUACAAGAGAACUGAUAUAUAAGUAAUGUAUUGUUUUUUGAAUCUUAUUUAUGAGUAAUUUAUUUUAUUUUUCAAAUGUAUUUUGCCCUCAGACUUUUUUUUCUCCUUUAGAAUAAUGUAUAAUAAUAUAAUAAUGUUUGGGUCUAUGCUAUAUAUUCCCAUCUAAUCUCACAGUAACAUAAUAUCCCUGGUGGACAAGUUGGCAAUAAUAAUGACAGUUUGUACAAUGUCAUUGAACAUAAUGGCAUGGUGCAACAAGUUGCUUUAUAUAUAAUACAGUAAAAAGUUUUCAUAAUGUUUACAAUUUGAAUCUGAACUGAUUUAUCUGCAGCUCUAGUAGUCCUGGAAGGAGACCCUAAAUAGGGCAUCUACAGGUAACUGCCAAAAUAAAGGAAACACAAUAAGGUAUAUUGAAAGCAGGUGAUUUGAAAGCAGGUGCUUCCAAACAGGUGUGGUUCCUUGGUUAAUUAAGCAAUUAAAAUCCCAUCAUGCUUAGGGUCAUGUAUAAAAUGCCUAGUUGCCCAUUCUUUUUGGCUAAUUAACCCAGGAACCACAGUGACUUUGAAAGAGGGGUCUCAAAGGAGCAUAGGGGGUUUAAAGGUGUGUGUGUGUGCGUGUGUCAGUCACCAGAUCUCAACCCAAUUGAACACGUAAGGGAGAUGAUGGAAUUUCUCAUGGAGUUCUAGACACUUGUAGAAUCUAUGCCAAGGCACAUUAAAGCUGUUCUGGCAGCUCGUGGUGGCCCAACACCCUAUUAAAACACUAUGUUGGUGUUUCCUUUAUUUUGGCAGUUACCUGUAUGUUGUCAGUGUUCCAGGUAUAAACAUGUGUUCUCUGUUCCUCCAUGUGGUUUGAGGUUCAAAUGUGGUCUUCGUCUCAGGGAGGUCCCAUUGAUUACUAUUGUCCAGAUUUAUGAUUCAGAUUCAUGAUUCAACAAAACUGUUCAAAAAAUGUGUUCACUGAAUUCAUUCCAAUAGAGCCUUUUAGAAUGUGUUAGUAUUACAGCCAAUUACAGUCGAUUUGAAUCAAACCAUGUUAUUCUGUAACGGUGUAAAACAUUGCUGUUAUGAUGAUGAUAAUGAUGUCUUAUUCAGAAAUUGAGAGUGUUUAAAAAGCAAUCCAACUUUAAUAUACAACCUUAUCUCAACCUUCUGUAGCAACUCCUUCAUUCUAAUAGUUAUAAGAACAUUAUUGCUAUGUUAUGACAGUGGUUGGUGUUGCCAUACAUUUUACUUAACCAGAGUUUGGUGGUAAAAAAGAACUAAGCAGGUGUUCUAGUUUGAAUUUCUAUUUGUUCUUACUGUUGUAGAUGAAGCAGUUUAUUUGUAAUUGGGAAAGCAGAUGUAUCUGUAUACAGACAUACGAGUUAUUUAUUAUCCUGUCAGUACAGUGCAGUCAGUGUCUGUCGACAGCAAAAAAAACGUGUUUGAUCAAUAGCCUUGAUAAAUGUGUUAAAAGGUAUUUUUGUGUGCUAAUUUAUAAAUAACUGAUCUGUUUGUUUUGAAAUGAGCAAUGCCUGGAAUUGUUAAACCAAUUGAAACCAACCCUUCUCCUCCCUUUUUAAUUUGUUUUAGAAGACUUCAGCCAUUUUGGAUUUACUGCUUACACAUAAAAAAAAACACACCUAAGCAUUUUCAUGCAUCUUAGAGAGAUGGAGUGAGAAAUUCUAAAACAUACGACAAAUCUUCCUGAACUGAACACCAACUGAAGCUGGCUCAACUCAGAGCCAUCCGCCUUGUGAGAUGCCACAGGCCAAAAAAAUACAAUAAUGUAUAAAGUGUUUUUAAUAUUACAAACAACUUAAGACGUGCAUGUAUGAUUUACUAAUUAAUGAAACUAUCCGUCUCAGAUCCACUGAAUUUCUUUGCUCAGACUAAGUCAUAACGUUACAUUCUGCCCAACUUUGCAUUGGAUCUGGUGUCUCUCCCUCGAUCUCCAGAGGAACUCCACGUCUCAUACACUCCUACUCCCUUUGUGCUCUCUCAAGGUAAUGUACUCUACAGUGUCUGAAAAACAAUAAAAGACACUUGCAACUAUA